CCCAAGACUAUGACUGACAUGUACUCACACUUCCUGCUGGUCCAGACCACCAGGAAGAAGAACAAGUACCAUGAAGGACCUGGGACCAGACCACAGGAGCUGACAGAGGCUGACAGGGAAGUUCUUCUGAAGCUGGGGAGGCUGGCCUUUGAACAUCUGGAGGAAGGAAACGUCAUGUUCUACCAAGAAGACCUGGAGCAGUGUGGUCUUGAUGUCACAGAGGCCUCGGUGUACUCAGGAGUUUGUACAGAGAUCUUCAAAAGAGAGUGUGUGAUCUUCCAGAAACCAGUCUACUGCUUCGUUCAUCUGAGUGUUCAGGAGUUUCUGGCUGCAGUCUACAUGUUCCACUCUUCCACAAACAGGAACAUGGAGAUGGGGAGCUUUUGGAAGAACAUGGAGAGAAUUAAGAAGUUUUUGAAGAACAUGACGAGGAUGAUGAAGUUUCCAGGAAAGGAGUACAGACACUCAUCUCUGGAUUAUUUCCUGAACAGAGUCAUGGAGAAAUCCCUCCUCAGUGAAAAUGGCCACCUGGACCUGUUUGUUCGCUUCCUUCAUGGCCUCUCUGUGGAGUCCAACCAGAGACUCUUAGGAGGUCUGCUGGGUCAGASAGAGAUCAGUCCARRAACCAUCCAGAGAGUCAUCAACAACCUGAAGAAGAUGAACAGACAUAAAGUGUCUCCAGACAGAAGCAUCAACAUCUUCCAGUGUCUGAUGGAGAUGAAGGACCUCUCAGUUUAUCUGGAGAUACAAGAGUUCCUGAAGUCGGAGAACAGAUCAGAUAAACUCUCAUUGAUCCAGUGUUCAGCUCUGGCCUACAUGCUGCAGAUGUCAGAGGAGGUUCUGGAUGAGGUGGACCUGAGGAAGUACAACACAUCAGAUCAGGGUCGACUGAGACUGAUUCCAGCUGUGAGGAACUGYAGARWGUUUGUGUGAGUCCAGAUGUUUCAUUCCAUCAUCAGUCAGUGGAGAUCAGCUGUUUGAAUUAUUAGUAGUUAUUAGAACCAUGAGGGGUUCGGUUUGGAUGAAGUUAGAGACAUUUUUUAAUCUUCAUCACAUGAAACAUUUUCAUAGAAAUAACUGAAGAAAAUUCCAGGUCAAAGGUCAACUUAGAAAUGUUGUCUUCCUCUCAUGUUGUUCAUGUGGACAGAUGUGGAU